AUGUCAAAUUAUAGUUGGUCUGUCACUAAUGACGAUGAAACUAGGUUUUCAAGUGGAACAAAUGACCAUAAUUAUAGUAAGAUAUAUUUGAAUCGAGGUUCUUCUGAAGACAAUUCUAUUUUGAAAUCAAAAAGUCCACGAAGUAUUUGUGAAACUAUAAACUGUGAUACGGAAGUACAACAUACAUUCGACCAUUUUAAUCCAGUCAAACAAAACUCAGUAAAAAGACCCGGUACAUUAAUUUACACUAAUGAAUCAUUUGAAACGCCUCUUUCGUUGAAUAUUGAAUGUGGUAAACCAGCCAAAUCGUAUAUACGGAGUAAUGCUGCACUUAAACCAUUUAUCAUGAAUAAUAUUCUUCAUGGUCUGAAUAUAAAAAAUAAAAACUCAUUGGAUCAUGAAAACCAUAAUAGUUAUACUAAACAGUCUUUCAAUAAAAGUUUACAAACUUUGGUACCUGUGGUACCUAUGGUACAAAGCGAGAAUGAAGAAUUUCCUAUAUAUAAGGUUGUUAAUACAAAUCAAUCUUAUCCUACUACAUUCAGAAUAUCGGAUCAAAAUUAUUAUAAUUAUAAUAACAAUACUACUGGUAUUCAGGAAAAUGAUCGAUACUUUAGUCAAAUCCCUCCUGAUUCAACAGAACGCAAAGAAUCAGUUAUAAAAUAUUGUAAACCGACACAAAACAAAUAUGAGACCAUCAAUAUAUCAAUAAGAGAUCCACGGUUAAAAAAAUACAGUGAAAAUAUAUCUCAACGGAGAUUUGUUGAUUUUAAAGGAUUGAAACCAAUAACAUACAAUAACAAUUUAAACGAGGACUUAGAACAAGUUAACAGGAAGUUAAAAAACAUGAAUUCAAGUUACAGAUUUGGUGUUUCAUAUGAUUCGAAGAGCAUUUAUAACUUUGACGAACACAACAUUGAACCCAUAGAAGAUCCUUUUGUUAAUCAUACUAAAUAUAAUAAUACACAAAAUGACUUGGAAGUUGAAACAUACAUGGAUUGUAAUAAAGUUUUAAAACACGCGAAUACUGAACGAAACCAAAAAAUUAAUAGUAAAGAGGUGCCUGCGAUAAUAGACUUAACUGAUGACGAUAUGGAAAUUGUAUCUUACUUUACAACUGAAAAUACUCGUAAUUAUGAUGUGUUAAAAAGAUAUAGUGAAUUGAAAAAUGAACUCGAACUAUCAUUGGAGAUCGAUGAAAAUAAAUUAAAACACGUUGUAGAAAAUAUCAUUGAUAAUUUAAAUGAUAAUAUUAUAAGCGAUUCAAGUUGCGCAACAAAAAUGAUUUCACAAAAAAAUAAAGAAAUGACAGUAACUCGUCAUUUUAUCGAUCUAACAAAAGAUGAUGAUCCAACAGUAAAUAAAAACAUUUUAACCUCAGAAAAUUCCAAUUUUGAUAAUACGCAACAGACGGUAGAUGAUAAUAUCAGUGGAUUAAUUAAAAAAAAUAAAAAUUCUAAGUCCGUCAGAUUAAUAGAACAUUCAACAACUGAAUCUAUUAACAAACACAUUGAUUUUGGAUAUAGGAGGAAUGUUACAGCUGAUGCAAGUGAAAAUUCAUAUGUUGAUACUAGAAUGAUUUCUACAAAAUUAGAAAACCCGAAAUGUAUGUCAACGGUCAAUGCGUUUAAAGAUAAAGAUAAAUUUGAUCAGUGUUCAAAAAAUUCAGAAAAACUAAACAAUGGAAAAAAUUAUGAUAUUGAUCAACAUAAAACAUCUAAAAAGUCUAAAAAAUCUAAGAAAUCUAAGAAAUCUAAGAAAAAUAAACAUAAAAAAAAAUCACCAAAACAUAAUAAAUCUAAAGACAAUUAUAAAUCUUCUAAAAUGUAUAAAAAUAAAUAUUCAAGUAAAACUGAUUCUGAAUUUGAAAAUAGUAAUUCUGAUUUGACAACUAAUGAUGAUCAAUCUAGCGAUGAACAAACAUACAAUAGAAAAAUGGGUAAGGAACUAGUUAAACAACAAAUGAGAACUAAUAAAAAUGAAAUUAACAAUGAACCGGAUAAAAUAAUUAAACUUGACAAUGAAACUGUUAAUAUUAACAAGAAGUAUAUAGAAAAUGCAUCUGAAUUAAUAGAGAAUAACGAGUAUGAAUUAGAAUCAGAAUCUAUAGAAAUUGUCUUUAAUGAACCAUGUGAUGAAGUAAAAUCAAAUUUAAAUACUUCUGCAGAACGUACUUCAUCAGCAAAGAACGUAGCCAAAGUAACACAUGAAAAAAAAAAUUCAGAUGAAACGACUGCGAAAGAGUCUAAUUUUACUGACAGUUAUAAAAAUCGUAAAGUAUCGACAAAUUUAAAGAAACUCAUUUACGAUACUAUUGGAUUGAAUGAUAAAAUUGAUGUUUUGAACUUUCCUGAAUCGCAAAGUUCUAUAACCGAUGAAAAAGUAAAGCUAAAGAACAACGAACCACCGGGUGCUAUAAAACUAUUAGAUUUGAAUCUCGGAAAUUACAAUUUAACUAGAGUUAAUGUCAAACCAAUAGAUGUAUUACCUGAUAAAAAGUUCAUCUAUCGAGAUACAGUUGAAGAUUCGCUCAAGCCAAAUACUGUCCAAUCAUUACCAAACUCUGAAUAUCCAGUAUACGAAAUAAUAUCGGAUGCAGAAGAAGAAGAACCAAAGGUUAAAUGUUCUGAAAAAAUUGUAAAAGAGAAUUUUAAGAAAUACGACGUAGAUGAAUUAAAUUCUGAAUUAUAUGACGAUCUAAUCGAAUUGGGAAAUUUUGGAGAUUUAAAUGCCAAAAAGAGUCUAGCUAUUGCAUUAAAAGAUACCACUACAGAUGAAACAAGAUCAAAUAAACCGUUCGAAGAUGCCUCUCUAUUACCGAUAGAUUGUUUCAUUGACAAUGGGAAACCAGAUGAUCAUAAAGACGGAUACGGAACGGACACAGAUGAAUCGGCAGACAUUACAAUUGUUGACUACAUUUUGAACAAAAAUUCUGACGAAAGUGACAAAAUUAAAAUUAAAAAAGAAAAUCAAGACACUGAAAUAAAUGGAUUCUACGAUGUCGCUGCCCAAUUGUACAAUCUUCAUUAUUCGCCCGAUGACGUACAACCUGUCAGUGAGUGA